CUCACGAUUUUGAGUAAAGUAAAAUACAAGGUACUAAUGUUUGCCUAAAGUUGCAAUUAAAGUACUGAAGUUUCAGAAGCUGUAAAGAAGGUACUCAAACCUUGGCUGGAGGUCAAAAAUCUGGUGGUGACCUAUACCAACCGGUUAACUCAUUUUAAAGUUUCGAAAAAAAAAUAAAAAAAAUUGUUGAGCUGUUGCCUCGAAAAAGAAAAAUCCAUCCCGUUUCUCUUCCUUCUCCCCAACUGAGUUAAUAGCCCCACCUAGGGGUGGUUAAUGGACAGGGUUGCUCAUUGAUAAUAGGGUCGGGUCAAAAUUUAAAGGGUAUUCACCCUUUAAAAUUUUAGUGGACAGGGUCACUAAAGGGCUUUAAGAUAUAAGGUCAAUAAUGGGCUUUUAUUGACAACCCAUUAAUAUCAAAGAAAAUUAAAGAGCCGAAAAGAUAAAACCCAAAUUAAAAAAAAAAAAAAAAAACAAAACCUCCGAUUUAAUAUACCUUUCUCUCUCCUCCAUUGAAGCGCACUCAGAGUUCUCCAUUGAAGCCGCUUCUCUGCUUUCUCUCUUCACGAUAGCAUGAACCUGAAUCGCCGGCCACUCUCACGAUUUCUUCUCCUCCGUCGCUCCACAAUCGCUGGCCACCGCCUUCUCCGCCGUACUUCCGACUGCCGUCUCCCACUCUGAUGUAGCGAACAGCGCUUAGUGUUUUGUGCCAGUCUUCUUCGUUCUAUUCGAGUUCAACACCUCCGAGGCUCUGAUAAUUCCACAAAAAGAAAAAACAACUCUCACACUCGUCACCACCGCCGUCACCAUCGCCGUCUGCCAUCUGCCGUCUGCCACCUGCCCAUUCAAGUGUAAUUACUAAUUAGGAACCAAAAUCAAAGGAUAAUAGGAGUACAAUUGCUAAUUACAGCGUAAAAUUUGAGGUUAGCUUAUUUCAAUUUAUGCAUUGUUCUUUACUUGUAAUUUUGAACGUAAAUUGUGUUUUCAUUUUCUAUUGAAUUUGUUUCAGUUCAAUUGCUAAUUAAAGGCAUGUUCAUACCUCUCAUUACUAUUGCUGCUGUCUUAGUUACUUAAUUUAGGUAUUGUGGACUGAUUUUACCAACUAAUUUAGGUAUUGUUACCUAUGCUUAACCUUUAAGGGUUUUGCAUGAAAUAUUCAAAUCACGUUUGAGAAUGAAAUUUAAUUUUUGUCAACUAUGAAAAUUAGAAUAUAUGGUUUAGUGGGUUUAAUUUACCUAGUCAUUCUAAUUUUCGUAACCCGAAUUCGAAGUGGGAUUGAACAUUUUGCAAUCAUGAUUGAUUCGAUAUUAUAAAGGAAAUUAUGAUUGAAACAGUUUGCAGGACAAUUGGGUAACAAGAUGAAAGUAUUUGCAAUAUGGAAUUUCAAUGAUUUUUUUAAAAAAUGGUUUGAUUGCAAAGGCGAGCUUACGAAGCCUCAAUUUUAUCUAGUGCUUUUUCGAAGUUGAUGACAAAAUCACGUGUUGAUUGUUGUUAUUUUAAGCUUUAUAUUAUGCUUGUCAUCCUUAAUACAUUAUGGCUUAGGUUACACUAAAAUUGUUAUGUCAGUAUCUAUGAGGAGGCUUUUUAUGCAUCCUUCACUGUCUUCCUUCAAAGCUUGUGAGCGGUUGUUCUUAGCUUAGUCUUUGCAGUUCAGAAGUUUUUUCCCCACUUAUAUUCUUUGCUUUUCAGUAUUCAUGACCUUCUUGGUGAUUGUGAAGUAUGACAUUACGUGUUUCCGUGUUUAUGUUGAUAUUAACAACUUGUUAUGUCACGAGUUAUAUGUGUUGUCAGGUAACUAAUGGAUGAGAAGAAAAGGGAAGAGCUCAGUGGUUUACUCACUAUACUCCCUCCAGUGGAAUUUUGUUGUGUUUACGGCUCAACUCUUCAUCCAAACAAUCAUGAUCAGUCUCGGAUGAUUGAUUACAUUCUUGGCGUCCGAGAUCCUGUUGAAUGGCACUUGCAGAACUUGAAGAUGAAUAGGAAUCAUUAUGCCUCAUGGAUGGCGGACCUUGGUGGUGCGAAACUGAUUACUGGAGUUGCAGACAAAAUUGGUGUAGGGGUGCACUUCAACCCUUUUGUUUCUUGGAAUAACAAGACAUUUAAGUAUGGCGUAGUCAGAAUGCAUGACUUGGUUGAAGAUAUACUGAACUGGGAAACAUUUUACUUCAGCGGUCGUCUACAAAAGCCUGUCCAUAUUCUUGUAGAUAGCUUGGAUGUUGAGAAUCUAAACUCUUUUAAUUUAAGAGCUGCAACCUCAGCUGCUUUACUGCUUUUACCUUCCAACUUCACUCAGGAAGACCUUUAUGCAAAAAUCUGCAGUCUUUCUUACAACGGUGAUUUGCGAAUGCUUUUUGCAGAGGACAGGCAUAAGGUGAGAAAGAUUGUGCAAGGACAGUUUGAUUUGUUCAGGGGAAUUUAUACGCCAGUUUUGGAAGAAUUUGCUACCAAAGACUUGUUAAAGUUUUCAUCAUCUGAUGCUCACCAGAAUAAUAUCACUCAGGAUUGUGGUUUACCUGCAGUCCAGUCCCUUGUCUCUCGUCUUCCUAAAGCAGUGAGAAACCAUAUGAGCAUGAAUCUCGGGGACCAGCAAAAGUUGAAAUCUGGUCAAGAUGCUUAUGAAGCUGUAAUAAAAUCCAGAGCCGAGGCAGCAAAUUGCCUGGAAAAGAUUAUAAGACGCAAAGUCAUGAUUUCCAGCGUCCGGCAGGCUGUUGCUGGUGUUUUGACAGUAGGUGCUGUCAGAGCUACUAGAUAUCUUUCAAGUAAGAUGAAGAAGGCUUGGAAGUCCUGGCUUUAAGAUUGAUCAACUACUGUAAUGUAAUCUGACCAUUUUGGCUUCUACGAAUUUGUGACCAGCAACAUACUGAAGGUUGUCUUCAACACCACUGCACCAGCACUCUUCACAAGUCAAAUUGGAGCUGAUUGGAACUAUACGAUCAUGGUACUUGCCUUGAUGGGAUCUUUGAGAAACUAAGAUUAGUGUGCAUAGGUUAAGAUUAUAGAGAAACGAGUCCAUCUUUGAUAGAGAAUAGGAAAUUUUGCUAUACAAUAUCUAGAAGGCUUAACACUGUUUGUAGCAGUUUUUAACUGAUAAAAAUUUAGCUUCGUUCUUUGGCUUUUUACAUCGCUGCAAUUGUAAGAUAAGUCUAAUUUUGUUGAUAAUUGGUGACUGGAUGAAUUAUUCUAUAGCUCUUUUUAGCCAAAAGUUGAUUGCCCUA